UCCCGGCCGGGCUCCGUCGUGCCUCUACCGGGUUGGACUGGAGCAUGGAGCCCUUCUCCUCACCAGAACCAGGAGUUCCUGCAGGAGAGAGCUCCUCUGUGCCACAGAAAAAACACCACGUGCUGGUGGGUGUGACUGGAAGUGUGGCUGCUCUGAAGCUGCCUCUCCUUGUUGCUGAGCUGCUGAAAAUCACUGGGCUCGAAGUGAAGGUGGUCACUACUGAGAGAGCAAAGCAUUUCUACAGUGCCCAGGAGGUUCCUGUCACCCUCUACAGCGAUGAAGAUGAGUGGCAGCUGUGGAGAGGCCGUUCAGACCCGGUGCUGCACAUCGAGCUCCGGCGAUGGGCUGACCUCAUGGUGGUGGCGCCUCUGGAUGCCAACACGCUGGCCAAGCUCGCCAGUGGCAUCUGUGACAACCUGCUGACUUGUGUCAUCCGUGCCUGGGACCUGAGCAAACCUCUGCUCUUCUGCCCAGCCAUGAACACGGCCAUGUGGCAGCAUCCCAUCACAGCUCAGCAGGUGGAGCAGCUGAAGGCUUUUGGCUACACAGAGAUCCCCUGCGUGGUGAAAAAACUGGUGUGUGGAGAUGAAGGCCAAGGUGCCAUGGCAGAAGUGUGGACCAUCGUGGAGAGCGUGAAGAGGAUCCUUGCAGAAGGGGAUUUGCCAAGCCAGGGCUGAUGGUCUGACUUGUGAAGUGGUUGUGUGCCUCCCUGGAGAGCUGAAGCUAAACC